GGGGCGCGGGGCGCGGCCGGCGCUCAGUGUGCGGGCGCGCGUCGCCGCCGCCAUGGGCAACCAACACUCCGCCUCGCACGCCACCCUCAAGCCCCGCAAGAACGUCCACUGGAAGUCCGCAGGUCGGCCCGCGGUGCCGGGGAAGCCCGACAUCAUCCCGAUCUUGUCGGACGACGAGCCGAACGCGAUCACGCUGCGAUGGGCCCCGCCGGUGCACGACGGCGGCGCGCCGCUGCACGGCUACCAGGUGGAGUGCAACCGCCUGGGCUCGCACGACUGGAUCCGCACCUCGCCGCCCGUCGUGCUGCGGCCCGAGCUGGUGCUGUCGGGCCUGGAGCCGCCGCACCGCUACCAGUUCCGCGUGGCCGCGCUCAACGCCGUCGGCCGCUCCGACUACAGCGAGCUCUCCGACGUGCUGACCGUCAGCUUCGAGCGCGGCGUGCAGGAGGCGCCGGUCUUCCUGCAGCACCUCGAGGACGUGACCGUCCUUGAAAAUGAUAAAACCGAAUUCCGCGUCACUUUCUCCGGGACGCCGACGCCCACUAUCGCCUGGUUCAAGGACGACUACGAAAUCUUCAGCAGCCGGCGGACUGCGAUCACCACAACCGACUCGUCCAGUGUGCUCGUGUUCCAUCAGACGUUGUCGAGCGACGAGGGCGAGGUCAAGUGCACGGCGACCAACCGCGCCGGCCACGCCGUCACCAAGGCGCGCCUGUCGCUGGUGGCGGCGCCCAAGCUGCGCUACCCGCGCCAGUACGAGGACGGCGUCCUCUACGAGAUAAACGAAACGGUGUUCCUCAAGACGACGAUAGUCGGCAAGCCGACGCCGACGGUCGAAUGGCGGCACGACGGCCAGAUAAUCACUGGGAACGAACGCGUCGAAAUUUCGAACACGCCCAAGUUUUCGAUGCUUAAAAUCCACUCAGCUCGCAGGAGCGACCGAGGGGAGUACCAAAUACACGCCAGAAACAACAUCGGGGAGGACACGGCCGCCUUCCUGGUGACCAUAACGGCGCCGCCCGACCCGCCGCGGAGGGUGUCCGUCACCAGGCAGGUCGACAAGUCCGUGACGCUGGACUGGGAGCCGCCGGAGGACGACGGCGGCUGUCGCAUCGGCAACUACGUGGUGGAGUACUACCGCAACGGCUGGAACGUGUGGCUCAAGGCCACCACGAGCCGCAAGACGAGCGUGACGCUCUUCGACCUCAUCGAGGGCAGCGAGUACCGCUUCCGCGUGAAGGCGGAGAGCCCGUACGGCAUGAGCGCGCCGAGCGCCGAGUCCGCGCCGGUGCGCAUUCCCGGCCGCUCGGUGGACAUGGAGUUCCUGGAGGUGGAGUCCAGGAUCAUCAGCGACGUGCUGAAGAAGGAGGACGGCGUGGAGGCGAAGGUGUCGCCGAUGCCGCGCCGCAAGCGCCUGGCCGCCGAGCCGCCGCCGCAGCGCGCCGCGCGCGCCUCCUCCGCGGAGCCGACCAGAGACACCCAAAAAGACGAAUUCAUGCUCGUUCUGUACCCUGACAACAAUACGACUGAUAAAGCUGAAAAGCGAAAGUCGUUCCAACUGGAGCUGGAGGACGCGCUGUCGCCGCCGCCGCUGUCGCUCAGCGCGCCCGAGCUCAGCGCGCGCUGCGUGCUGCCCUUCCGCGCGCUGCGCGCCGCCGUCAGCUCCACCGAGCUGCUGCACGAGCGCGCCAUGGCCCGCUUCUACCGCGCCGUGGCGCUGCAGGAGCAGCAGCGGCACGACACACGCGCGCACACCGACAUUCCGCACAACACUAGCCCCGAGCGGCCGGCCCGGCCGCCGGAAACCUUCAAACCGCCCGAAAUCGUCAUCAAACGGGACUCCGUGGACAGCACGGGCAGGGCGGUGGUCGAGCAGGCGUCGCACGACUCCGAGGCGUCGGACGGCAAGUGGCAGCACAUGUCGUUCGACGAGGACUACACGGCCAGCACCGUCUCCACGGACGGCGACUACUCCGACGAGGAGGACGGCAGCCUGGACGGCGACGAGCGCCGCCGCAGCCCGGACGACGAGGACACCUACCACCCGCGCGACAAGCUGGCGCGGCCCUCGCCCGUCAAGGAGGCCGAGGAGGAGCUCGAGGAGGAGGAGUCGGAGAGAGAGGUUCUCAAGCCGCUGCCUCUUCCCGACCCUAAUUUCGUCCCGAAACCCAUUCUGAAACGAAGGGAAUCGGGAUCCACCGACUCGAACACGACCAUAAAACUUGAUAAUGGCAUAGCUAAACACGAGGAAGUGGAAAAACCUGAAAUAAAAGAAAAACCCAAAAAGGAAGAAAAAAUGACGAUAUUCAAAAAGAUCACCAAAAUGCCCGUGCAAAAGAGCUUUCCUUUCCCGAAGAUACUUAAUAAAAGCAAAGAAGCCGACAAACCGCCGGAACCGCCCGUUCAAAACAAUUCUCAGGUCGCUCCCAAAAAAGUAGAAAACGUCAAAGACAAAGUGAGCGAGGAGGGAAGAACUGUAAUAGAUUACUACACAAAUAUCGUCAAAGAGUACGGUAGUCAUAAAAAAGCCGCCACUCCUCUGUAUUUGAACACGGAGGAUCUAAAAAGUGUGGCUGAGAAGCAGCAGCACGACUCGAAAGAUAAAACGCCUAACGAGAAGAAACCCCUCAAAACUAAGAAGGCGGCUGCGGCCAAGACGACGGACAACCAGCUAGCGGUUCCGAACAAAGUCAACUCUAAGCAAAAAGCCAACUCCAAACCUGCCAAAGUAAAGACACAACAGAGCGCCGAAAAAGCCAAGACCCGAUCCGUGAACAGGGUGAAGCCACAGAAUAGCAUCGAAAAACCGAAGCCCGACAAAGGAAAAGCGAUCGCCAACAGUUCGCCGCCGCAGGAAGCUGCGACCAAGAAGGGCACCCAGCAGAUCGUGCUGAAGAAGACCGAGCGCGCGACCGUCGUGAUCCCCAUCGACUACCAGGAGCUGGAGCAGCAGGCGGCCGUGGCCGUGCGCUCGGCCGUGGACUACGCGCUCGACUUGUGCCUGCUGCUGCUCGCCUUCUGGGUGUACUUCUUCAAGGACGAGCGCCUCGCCAUCCCCUUCCUCGUGCUCAUCAUCUACCGCCAGCUCCAGGAGACGCUGCUGUUCGACGCGCCCGCCCUCGUCGCGCGCUACACCCCCAGCUGGCUCAAGAAGAAAACUUCUUGACCUU